UUCACGGCCUUCAACUUCUGAUUUCCUUUCUCAGAACUAGUACGUACUACUACUGUCUCAUCAUAUAAUAUAAUUCCGAUCGGAGCGAUCUCCUUAAUUAGUUGUUUUCGAUCGUUGUCAUUAAUGGCAUAUUGGCUUGUAAUACUAGGGAAGCUGCAGCUUGCUGCUUUGAUCUUGCUGGUGUCAAGUUUCCUGCAGCAACAUUUUGCCAAUGGUCAGCCCCUGCAAGUACCUUGUUUCUUCAUAUUUGGGGAUUCCCUUUCCGAUAAUGGGAAUAAUAACAACCUUAAGACGACGGCAAACUCCAAUUAUCAACCAUAUGGGAUUGAUUUCCCCAAAGGCCGGCCGACUGGGAGGUUUACCAACGGUCGUAAUCUGCUGGAUUUCAUUGCGGAAGAACUGGGUUUUCCUGAGGAUUCCAUCCCUCCCUACGCUAAAUUAGCUACCGUCGGACCGGUGGAGAAGGCUCUUAAGGGUGUGAAUUAUGCAUCUGGCGCAGCGGGGAUUCUGAAUGAAUCUGGAAGAACACGGGGUGAUCGGAUACCCAUGAAUGAGCAGUUGACAAAUCACCAAAAAACGGUGUCGCGCAUUAUCAACAAGUUGGGAAAGAAGAACGCCACUCAACUCCUAAACAAAUGCAUAUACUCGGUUGCAAUCGGCACUAAUGACUACAUCAAUAACUACUUCUUGCCGCAGUUCUACCCUGCUAGUCGCAUAUAUACCCCUUCUCAAUACGCUGAAAUUCUCCUUCGAAAACUCUCUCAGCAAUUAAGGACUUUGCACAGGCGUAAAGCAAGGAAAGUAGUCGUUUAUGGACUGGGUCUGCUCGGUUGUAUUCCGUAUGAAGUGAAAAUGUACGGAGCUAACAUUUCUGGAUGUGUCGACAAAAUCAACGAGGCAGUCAUGCUUUUCAAUAAUGGGCUUAAAUCACUGGUGUCCGACCUCAAUAACAAUCACACCAUUAAUGCUACUUUUAUAUUCAUAAACUCUACUGGAAUUUCGUUAACCAGCUCUCCAGGUUCCAUUACAGUCUCAAAUGCGGCCUGCUGUCAAGUGUCGGAGGCCUCGGCGCCGCAAUGCAUACGCUCUGGAAAGACAUGCAGCAACAGGACCCAAUAUGCUUUCUGGGAUGAAGCGCAUCCAACUGAAGCCGCAUAUUCGGCUACUGCGGCAAGAGCAUACAGAGCUCUGCUUCCAACUGAUUCUUAUCCAUUUGAUAUUCAACGCCUCGCCCAGCUCUAAUUAAAUUAACUAAUAUAUAUCGGAAGAGAAAAUAUUCUCUGGUGAAAAUAAAUUAAUAAUUAUAUAUUGAUGUAAUAACCAUGCAUUAAUAAUAAUGCUUAAAUUACUGAUGGGUACGUUUGAUCUAUAUAUAAUAUUCAAUAAUUAAAGUUCUAAAAUAUCCAGCAACAGAUCAUCGCGUGACAAUAUUGUUUUGGGUACAGACCAUUUUUAUAUGUUAUAUGGAUC